GAUCUCAGCGAUUAAGAGGGGGGGCAUUCAGAUCUUGCUGCAAAAAGAAGCUUCCCCUGACUAAAAUAGUCUAAUUCUUCUUUCUCUAAAUAAAGUAGUAUUUUUUUAUUUUAUUUUCUCUUUCUUUGUUUUGUUUUUGCUUUUUUUUUUCUUUUGCAAAGGAUCGAAAAGAGAAACAAAGUCCUCGCACCAGAGAUGAAUUUGGAGAAAGAACAAAAGAACAGAAGAAGAAUUUCGACCCAGAAAAAUUCACCAUGAGAGCUUAUCAAUUGAGCCUCUUUUUUAUCUUACUAUCACUGUCUACAUCAACAACAAAAAGUUGUUAUUCUCCUGCAAUUCAUAGAAGAGUUCUACACCAACCAUUGUUUCCAGCAGGUUCAGCCCCACCUCCAGGCACUGACAGUUCUUUACCUCCACCUCCUCCUCCGGAUAGUCCUAUUUUUCCAGACCCAAGUCAGCCAUUCUUCCCUGAAGUUCCUUCAGGGGAAACCCCAGAUCAGAAUCAACAGACUACACCACCAGCUGCACAAACAAAUGGCUCAGUUCCAAUCCCAACAGCCACACAACCAGCCAAACCAGCUAAAAAGGUUGCAAUUGCUGUAUCUGUUGGGAUUGUCACAUUGGGAAUGUUAUCAGGACUUGCUUUCUUUUUGUACCGUCACAGGGCUAAACACCCUGGAGAAAGGCAGAAGCUUGUUGGAGGGAACUCAGAAAGGUUCGAAGAAGACUCCAGGGUACCACCCUCGAGUUUUCUUUACAUUGGAACCGUGGAACCUAGUAGGAGAUCGGUGAGUGAAAUGAAUGGAGGAGCAAAUGGUUCACCUUAUCAUAAAUUGAAUUCAGUGAAGAGAUCGGAUCGUUAUAGGCCCAGUCCGGAAUUGCAACCAUUGCCUCCAUUGGCUAAGCCUCCUACACUUGAGAAUUCACCAACUGCAAUGUCACUUUCAUCUUCUUCAGAGGAAGAGAGUCGGGGCACAGCAUUUUAUACCCCACAGGGCUCAACAAUUAGUAACGAAGAAAGCUAUUAUACUCCGGUUUCACGUCUGGCUAAUAGCAAUUUGGUGACUCCGGUGAGAAAUGAAAUAAAUGGGAAUGUUAAUUCUGUUCCUCGUUCCAAAAGAACAUCUCCAAAAAUUAGGCUUUCAGCUUCUUCACCAGAAAUGAAGCAUGUUAUUAUUCCUUCAAUAAAGCAACAGCAGCCGCCUUCUCCUCCUCCUCCACCGCCUACAUCUCUGCCCCUUCAACAACCACAAGGUCUAGUAGCGCAGCUACAUGAGACUCAAGAAUUUAUUUAUGCAAAAAGGCCAAAAUUCUCCUCUCCACCACCACCUCCAAAUAUGGCACUACUUCGAUCAAUUAGCAACAAUUCCUCCCCACAAAGAAUAAAAGUUCCGGUUCCAGUUCCAGUUCCACCUCCACCUCCGCCACCGCCACCACCACCACGCCCUCCGCCCCCAGCAGCAGCAGUAGGACUGUCAAUAGCAAGGACAGUAAGGUCUUUGGAAACCAAUGCGUCUCCAAAACCUUCCCAAGUGUUGAAAAAGCAAGACUCUCGGACUCCAAGUCCCAAAAAUAGUCCUGGGAGUGGGACUAGAAAAUCCAUGGAAGAGGUUAAUUAUAAAGGUGCCAGUUCUUUAGAGAAGACAGAUGCGGAUGAAAUGGAUAGUGCAAAGCCCAAGUUAAAGCCUUUGCACUGGGACAAAGUACGAGCGACCUCGGAGAGAGCUACAGUGUGGGACCAGCUAAAAUCAAGCUCAUUUCAAUUGAAUGAGGACAUGAUGGAGACCCUUUUUGGCUGCAAUUCCACAAAUCCAGUACCAAAAGAACCUAUUAGAAGAUCAGUUCUGCCUCCUGUCGAACAGGAAAACAGAGUGUUGGAUCCAAAGAAGUCACAGAACAUUGCCAUACUGUUGAGAGCACUGAAUGUAACGAGAGAUGAGGUGUCAGACGCUCUUUUGGAUGGUAACCCAGAAAGCGUAGGCGCUGAGCUUUUGGAGACUUUAGUAAAGAUGGCUCCUACAAAGGAGGAAGAAAUAAAACUUCGAGAGUACAGUGGGGACAUCUCGAAACUAGGAUCUGCAGAAAGAUUUCUCAAGACAGUGCUUGAUAUUCCAUUUGCGUUCAGAAGAGUUGAGGCCAUGCUCUAUAGAGCCAACUUUGAUACAGAAGUAAAAUAUUUGAGGAAGUCUUUUCAAACCCUUGAGGAAGCAAGUGAGGAAUUGAAGAAUAGCAGGUUAUUCCUUAAACUCCUUGAAGCUGUUCUCAGAACAGGAAACCGGAUGAAUGUUGGCACUAAUCGUGGUGAUGCUAAAGCUUUUAAACUUGAUACCCUUUUGAAACUUGUUGAUGUAAAGGGAACAGAUGGGAAAACAACACUACUACACUUUGUGGUUCAGGAGAUCAUUAGAUCUGAAGGUGCUGGUACUAACUCUACAAAUGGGAAUGAUGAAAAUAAAAUGUCCUCCCACAUUAAGGAGGAUGAUUUCAGGAAGCAAGGAUUGCAGGUUGUGGCUGGGCUGAGCAGAGACCUCAGCAAUGUCAAGAAGGCAGCAGGAAUGGACUCGGAUGUCCUAAGCAGUUAUGUGUCAAAGCUUGAAAUGGGACUUGAGAAGGUCAGAUUGGUUAUACAAUAUGAGAAGCAAGAUAUGCAGGGGAAUUUCUUCAACUCGAUGAAGAUGUUUCUAAGAGAUGCUGAAGAGGAGAUUGCUAAGAUCAAGGCAGAUGAAAGGAAAGCUUUAUUGCUUGUGAAAGAAGUAACUGAAUAUUUUCAUGGGAAUGCAGCAAAGGAAGAAGCUCAUCCCUUCAGAAUCUUCAUGAUUGUGAGAGAUUUCCUGUCAACAUUGGAUCAUGUCUGCAAGGAAGUGGGGCGAAUGCAGGAUAGAACAAUGGUGGGUUCUGCUAGAUCCUUUCGGAUAUCUGCAACUGCUUCACUACCAGUUCUUAGCAGGUAUAAUGUGAGACAAGAUGGAAAUUCUGAUAACGAAAGCUUGUCUCCAUGAAGUUGUGUGAAUACAGGUUCGAAGAAUAUCAAUUUAGCUCACAUUCCCACAGUAAGACCCUUUUUCCAACUGAACCAACAGCAAAAAUGUCUCAUUUUCCAUUACAAGCAUGCAAAAAGUAUAAUAAAGAAGAAAUGAAAAGCUUAGCAUAUCAAUUCAAUUUUAAGUUCAGAUGGAGACAUGGCUGUUGGCGAUGAGGUACGCCCUUUUCCAUCAGUAGAUUCUCAUUAUGCUCAUUUUGUAUAAGAAUGGAAAGCCUUAUAGUGUCCAUAGGCCAGAAACUAUGUAAUAAUAAGUAUAGCUUGUGGGAAAACUGAAAGGGUACUUUCAUCUGCAUCCGGCAAUGAAAUGGAUGACCAAAUGAAGAACAUGCCGGUCGAAAGAAACAAACAAGCAGCAUAUAUUUUUCUUUCUCUACUUCAACACACAUGCAAUAGUUAAGAUUCAGAUUUCUUCUUUUAGAUCAGAUUCCUAUAAAUUUUUGAGUAAAAGAAGAGUGCUUUUUAUAUUACUUUAUGCCAUUGUCUGCAUUUAUUUGAUAAUUACUAAUAAUAUAUCUAGCAGUUUUGCAACAUUGCGUUUGGUUUGGACUUCAGAGCUAUCUGCAAUUCUGUAUCUCAAGUUUUAGUUUUUCUAUCUUGUUGGUAUAGAAAGAUU